UUACACCUGUUGCCUGACAGGCAGGCACAAGCAGGGAGGGAAGAAGACAAAUUUUAAAUGGUAUCCUCGGGCCACAUUUGGAAAAUUGCCCCAUCAGUCAACACCAGGAGAAGAGGAAUGUGAUAUGAGCAUCCAGGCAAAUCCAAGAGCCUGGGGAAAAAGAAAGAGCGUCAUUACAAGCUUUUCUAUAGAGAGGCAGCUACCAAUAAAUAUCUAGAAGAUGGUGAAGCUGGAAAUGUGUAUGCCACAAGAUGCAGAAACAGGCUUUACGUUCUGCCUUGGACAGAUGAGUCUGACAUCUUCUGUAUAGAACCCAGAUCACAUGCAAUAAGCAACGUAAACAGAUGGGCUGCUCCCUUUGGACUUUAGCAUUGCUUGCCAUGACAGAGGCAAAGUGAGGGUUGCAGACUUCACUCUCUGGGAAAUGCCCUGCCAUCCUGGCUUAUUGUAGCCGCAACUGGCAGCUAGAAUACAGGCUUGUAUUAUCCCUUUUGUGUAUGAGCCAAGCAAGUGUCCACCAUGCCUGAGUUGGAGCUACUGGGGGCACCCAGACCCCCUCCCAAUGCCAACCAAAUCCAGAGGAAUAUCCUGGAAGAACACGUGGAGCUGUGGUGGUUCCAGGAGCCCCGGAAAUCAUCCAUCUGCUAUGGUGUCGCUGUGGUCCUGAUCCUGGCCUGUGGGGUAGGUGGCAUUGCCUUGCUGUACAGCACUAGCAGCCGCUCUGGGGAGUGGAGGCUGGCAGUAGGCACCACGCUAUGCCUGCUUGCUCUCCUGGUACUGCUGAAACAGCUGCUGAGCUCUGCCAUCCAGGACAUGAAUUGCAUUCGCAGUCGAGAGCAGGUUGAGUUGCUGAAGAGUGGUGGGGCCUCAGACUGUGCUGUGCUGUUGCUAACAGCCCUGGUGCUGCUGGUGUGUGGCACAGUGCUCACAGUGUUGUCCACCACCAGCAUGGGCACCAGCACAACAACUCCGCGCCCCCUUGCUAGCAUGUUUGUCAGUGGCAUUGUGCUCACAGCCUCUGGAGCAAUCCUCCUGCUCAGUGUGCUCCUGUAUUUCAUGUGGACUUCCUGCUGUUCAGUUGCACCUCGGAGCUGGGAUGCUGGCAACAACCAUGCUGUCUUCAUGAUAUCUGGGCGCAUCUCAGCUGACCAGCGGCUGCCUCCUACCUCCAGCAUGGCAAAUCUCAUUUAAUCCACAAACCAACAGACAGUGGCUGACGUGGGAUUGAAGUUGGACACUGAAGUGGCAUUUGCACUUUACUUAACACUUGCACAGAUGGUACUGAGGUGAACCCGGUCGCAUCAUAGGGCUUCUUCUACAGAGCUGGGAUGCUGCCAAGAAAGAAGACUGGGCUUUUCUAGUCAGGGAUCACAACUCAGCACCAAAUGCUGUGAGAUAUUGUGACACAGAGAAAAAUAAUCAUCAGGUUUUUUUUAAAGUGGUUUCUGGGGUAACAAAUUAAGGAUUUUCCAUUUGGAAUGAGUGUGAUGCAGCUUUCUCGUUCUUUUCAGUGAAAUCCAAC